AGCCUCAAGGCCUCAUGGGUAGUAACUACAACCUACUUGGUGGGCCUUUAGGCCAUUCCGCAAGGGAAUACCUCAAUUAUGAAGAACGGAACAUUCACGUCUGGGGUUCAACUGUAACACAAACGGGUUUUAACCUCAUUGGUGGCCUAUACUCGAAUGGAGAUGUGACGUUUGGAGACGUCUGCGAUAUGCUCCAGCGACUCCUUAUGGCCCCGCCAAUCUACCCGCCCGAUACUCAAAUAAAAUUCGCUUUAAUGGCUCUGAAAAGCUGUCCAGUUCCGAUCGAUGACUUGACCGGACGGCCACGAACUGAUUUUUCAAAUUUGGAGGCCUUUGCCUUGACCAAACGCUACGAUAGGGAAGUAGAAUGGAUUCGGGACUGCAUGGGCCGCGACCCACGUAUAGGAGGCGCACUGGCGCGUCCUUCUGACAGCUCCUUGAUACCCGUUCAACAAAACGGCAGUCCAUCCCACUUUGUCUGUCUCAUCAAAAUUUGUUAUUCAACGCAAGGCAAAAUAUAUGAGAAAGUGCUCGAGGUUGCGCCACUGCUAAUCCCAUCCCCCAUCGUCAAUAGAAAAGGACCAUAUCGUUCCACAGCAGCGGGGACUGGUAAUAAGACCGCAACAAGGAGUGACACGACCAGAAAAGCUGUUCGAGAACGAGAUUCCAUCUGCCGAGUAACAGGAGCGCCUGUGCUGCCUCGCAUGAGAGGGACAAACUAUACGGGGUUCGAGGUUGCCCACAUAUUCCCUCUCGCUUGGGCGCUACAAGAUCACGCACCGAAGUUCCCCUCGCCCAUUCAACCCUAUCUAACUAUUCCCAAGCUGGCGGAUAAACCUCCAAAUGCAUUCCUUCUCAGAGCGGACAUUCACUCACAAUUUGACGAGUAUCAGUUUAGUGCCAAACCGAUUUACUUACCCGGUGCACAUAACCAAACGACUCUGGUCUGGUGGCUUAUGCGUUUUGAACGAAACGGUGCCAGCAGCCUGCCGCAUCGCGACCAGCCCGAUCCUAACCGCCUACGGCGUUUAUAUGGUCCUGUCACAUUUAACGUCCAAGACUUUGACUUUGCACUGAUGAAUCACCACUUCACGGUAGCAUUAAAUUGGCACGUACUAGGAUUUGGGAGGGAGCGUGAGUAG